CGGCUUCAUCGAUUUGAAGAUAAUCUUGAUAUUUUUCUACGUAUAUAACUUAAAAACCAAAUAAGAUCAUAAUCAUUUAAAAAUGAAGCCUCUGAUCAUUGUAAUAAUUGCAUCCCUUCAAUCAAUAAUUGCCACCCCCUUAACCGAUGGAAGAAUCGUUGGUGGAAAAGACGCCGACAUUGCCGACUACCCUUAUCAAAUCUCCUUGGAAUACUACGGAAGCCACAUCUGUGGUGGCAGCAUCAUCGCCACCAGAUGGGUGGUGACAGCAGCUCACUGCACCAACGGAUUGUCAGCAACUUUAUUGUCAGUCAGGGCGGGCACGUCAAUUCUAGGAACUGGCGGCCAGGUUGUCAAAGUUAAACAGAUACAUCAGCACCCUCAAUUCAGUACUGUAACCAUUGAUUACGACCUCACAGUGCUGGAACUGGACAGCGAUUUGACUGUUGACAACGCCAAACCAAUUCCUCUAAUUAACUUAGAUGAGCACGUUGGGCCAGGCUCAAAUGCCUCCGUUACUGGAUGGGGCUACAUAGCCGAAGGGGGCACUGUCUCCAAACAGCUUCAGGUUGUGAACGUACCAGUUCUCCCACAAUUUAUUUGUAGCCUUUUCUAUGGGGAGUCUUUGAUCACCGACAGGAUGAUGUGCGCAGGCUUGGUGGAAGGGGGAAAGGAUGCUUGUCACGGAGACUCGGGUGGGCCGAUGGUUGUCGAUGGUGUUCUGGUUGGCGUCGUCUCUUGGGGACAUGGGUGCGCCCGUCCUCUUUAUCCUGGAGUUUAUUCUAAAAUUUCCGCCAUCAGAACAUUUAUUUAUGACAUAGCUGGAUUUUGAAGUUUUUCA